AUGGCCUUUCAGGACCUUAUAAUUCAACUUGGCAGUCUGGGGAGGUUCCAGAUUCUUCACAUUAUUUUUAUGUUGAUCUGCCAUGCCCUGGUGGUUCCUCACACUCUUUUGGAGAACUUCACUGCAGCCAUUCCUAGUCAUCGCUGCUGGGUCCCCAUCCUUGAUAAUAACACUGUGUCUGAUAAUAACAGUGGGAUCCUGAGCCAAGAUGACCUCCUGAGGAUCUCCAUCCCAAUGGACUCCAACCUGAGGCCAGAGAAAUGCCGUCGCUAUAUCCAACCACAGUGGCAUCUCCUUCAUCUGAAUGGUACCUUUUCCACUGUAACAGAGCCAGACACAGAGCCCUGUGUGGAUGGCUGGGUGUAUGACCAAAGCACCUUCCUCUCCACCACAGUGACCCAGUGGGACCUGGUGUGUGGAUCUCAAGCACUGAAUUCAGUGGCUAAAUUUGUAUACAUGACUGGUAUAUUUAUAGGACAUAUAGUAGGUGGCCAUUUAUCAGAUAGGUUUGGGAGGAGGCUCAUUUUCACAUGUUCUUUACUGCAAAUGGCCAUCACUGAAACCUGUGUAGCUUUUGCUCCCACCUUCCUCAUCUACUGCUCACUUCGAUUCCUCACAGGGAUUUCUUCCUCAUCCUUGAGGACAAACAGUGCUUUGCUCAUAUUAGAAUGGACAGAUCCUAAAUUCCAGGCUAUGAUAAUGACACUGAUAAUUAGUGCCGGGGGAACUGGACAGAUACUACUGGGAGGCCUGGCUUUUGCUAUUCGAAACUGGCACUGUCUCCAACUGGUGAUGUCUGUACCAAUGUUCUUACUCCUUAUUCCCACAAGGUGGCUGUCAGAGUCAGCUCGAUGGCUGAUUGUGACCAACAAACCCCAGAAGGCCUUAAAGGAACUUAGGAAGGCUGCAUGCAUGAAUGGAAUGAAGGAUUCCAAAGAUGUCCUAACCUUGGAGGUUGUGAAAACUACCAUGAAGGAGGAGCUGGAAGCAGCACAGAAAAAACCCUCCCCAGUGGAUUUGUUCCGUACACCCAACCUUCGAAAGCGAAUCUGUCUCCUAUCCUUUGUGAGAUUUGUGUUACUGAUAUCUUUUAUAGGCCUGCUUAUCAAUGCCCAAUACCUGAGCAGUAAUGUGUUCCUACUGCAGUGUCUCUAUGGUGUGGUGUCCAUCCCAGCUAAUGCUCUUGGAAAUUUUUCAAUGAACUACAUGGGCCGCAGAAUAACCCAACUGAUUUUCAUGUCUGUGAUAGGAAUCUCCAUUCUGGCUAUUGCAUUUUUGCCUCAAGAAAUGCAGAGCCCGCGUAUAGUUUUGUCAACAUUAGGAGGAGCAAUUUCUUCUGCCUCUAUAACGAGUUCUCUUGUGCAUGCAAAUGAGCUAGUCCCCACCGUAAUCAGGGCAACUGCUUUAGGAGUCAUUGGAAUCGCUGGUAGUGCUGGAGCAGCCCUGUCUCCUCUCUUUAUGAUUCUCAUGACAUACUCUGACUCCUUGCCCUGGAUCAUCUAUGGGGUUCUUCCCUUCCUCGGUGGCCUCAUUGCCCUUCUUCUUCCUGAGACCAGGAAUAAGCCUCUGCCUGACUCCAUCCAAGAUGUAGAAAAUAAGAGGAAAAGCUCAAAAGAGGCAAAGAAAGAUGUGGUCGCCAAAGUGACACCAUUAUAA